GCGCACACAGCCAACCAGCCAAAGUGCCAAGCCCCCAACCCCACGACAUCCGCCACUCAAGCGAACGCAGGCUCAGUUCCUCGUCGUCUCGCUCGCUUUGCCCACCAAACGCGCAGCGGCCGCCGCUCGUCGCUCCUCCCGGGACAACCUCGCUAGAAAUCGCUCCCCUCCGACCUCCUGGCCAGGUCCAGUUUGUAGCCAUCUGUAUCUGCCUUGUUCAGAAAACAAAUACCACAAGAGUGCUGUCCCACUAACCACCCUCCAAUUUUCAUGAUUCUUUCUUGCCCAAAAUCCCAAAGAGAAAGGUCCAAUGUUCUGUUCUGAUCGAGCUGUUCCUGGAGCCAUCUUAUAGCAAAUCAGGUGUAAAUAGAUCCUCAAAACAUCCUUUCUUGAGAUACCAACAACUACAAUGGUGCACCCAACCUUGUCAGUUAUCCUCAGAUGCCUCACACUGCUGUGCAUCUUGUCACUUACCGUGGCGGCGGCUGAUAACAAUACCACUGGCUCUGGUCAGAUACGCCUAGACUGUGGAGCAUCAAGCCCGACGAGCACUGAUGCUGACGAACGGACUUGGGACAGCGACAUUGGUUCCAGGUUUGCGCCUUUACUGAAAGGAACUGCAGCCACUGCUUCAUACCAAGACCCUGCACUACCGUCCCCCACACCUUACAUGACUGCUCGCAUCUUCACUUCUAAUUACACAUAUUCCUUCCCCAUUAGUCCUGGUCGCAUGUUCGUCCGUCUCUACUUCUAUCCUAGCACAUAUGACAACUAUGCUCCUGGAAAUGCUUACUUUGGUGUCACAGCCGGCAAUCUUACCCUUUUAGACAACUUCAAUGCUUCCCGAAAUGCUCUGGCUAUAAAUGUUGCCUGCUUUUUUCUUGAAUACUCCAUAAAUGUUACUGCAGACAGGCUAGACCUCACCUUUGCCCCAUCGACACACCACAAUGGCUCUUCCGCAUUUGUCAAUGGGAUUGAAAUCGUGCCCACACCUGACCUCUUCACAACACCAAUGCCGACAAUGGCCAAUGGUGGAAACCCGAAUCCCUUCCCUAUCGUUCCUUCAACGGGAUUCCAAACGAUGUACCGGCUCAAUGUUGGGGGCCACGCCAUCUCUCCAAAAGGUGAUAUUGGCUUUUACCGAUCUUGGGGUGAUGACAGUAAUUACAUAUUUGGUGGUCAGGGGGUGACCUUCGGCAAAGACAAAAAUCUUAGCAUCAUAUAUACACCCAGUGUCCCAAAUUACACUGCACCUGUUGAUGUCUAUGCAUCUGCACGGUCAAUGGGGCCAAACCCAGAGGUCAACCUGAAAUACAACCUUACAUGGACUUUACCAGUUGACGCGGGAUUCUACUACCUCCUAAGGUUCCAUUUCUGCGAGAUCCAGUAUCCGAUAACUAAGUUCAAUCAGAGGUCAUUCUUCAUCUAUAUAAACAACCAGACAGAACAGCAGCAAAUGGAUGUUAUCGCGUGGAGCAGAGGAAUUGGCAGAACAACGUACACAGACUAUGCUAUCAUCACAGCUGGUUCCGGUCAGAUGGACUUAUGGGUUGCCCUUCACCCUGAUCUUUCGUCGAGACCAGAGUACUAUGAUGCAAUAUUGAACGGUCUCGAGGUCUUCAAGAUACAGAAUUAUGGAAAUAACAGUCUUAACGGGCUCAACCCUCCACUUCCAUCUGUUGAACCUAAUGGGAAGCCUAGUAGAAGAAACUCAAAGGGUGCUGCUGCACCAGCAGCCAUUGGUGGAGCUGUUGGUGGCUUUGUUGUGCUACUGGUUGCCUCUAUUGGUGUGUGCGUCAUCUGCAGAAGAAAGAAGAAGGUGGCAAAGGAGUCUGGGAAAUCUGAUGAUGGUCCCUGGACUCCUCUUACUGAUUACAGCAAGUCACAAUCAAACACCUCCGGAAAGACAACCAACACAGGGAGCCGCACAUCGACAUUGCCAUCUAAUCUUUGCCGCCAUUUUUCAUUUAGUGAAAUCCAGGCUGCCACCAAUAAUUUUGAUCAAACCUCUCUCCUUGGCAAAGGUGGGUUUGGGAAUGUGUACCUUGGAGAGAUAGAUAGUGGCACAAAGGUGGCAAUCAAGCGUGGCAACCCAAUGUCUGAGCAGGGUGUUCAUGAGUUCCAGACUGAGAUUGAGAUGUUGUCGAAGCUCCGUCACCGCCACCUUGUGUCAUUGAUUGGGUAUUGUGAGGAUAUGAAUGAGAUGAUUCUAGUGUAUGACUACAUGGCCAAUGGGACACUUAGGGAGCACUUGUACAACGGCAAGAAGACACCACUUUCAUGGAAGAGUCGGCUUGAAAUCUGCAUCGGUGCAGCUCGGGGUCUGCAUUACCUUCAUACAGGUGCAAAGCAUACUAUCAUACACCGGGACGUCAAGACCACCAACAUUUUGUUGGAUGACAAGUUGGUUGCAAAGGUUUCUGACUUUGGGCUUUCGAAGACUGGCCCAAAUGUUGAGAACACCCAUGUGAGCACGGUUGUGAAGGGAAGCUUUGGAUACCUCGACCCUGAGUACUUCCGACGGCAGCAGCUCACUGAGAAAUCUGAUGUUUACUCGUUUGGAGUUGUGCUGUUCGAGGUCCUCUGUGCGCGACCUGCCCUUAGCCCCUCACUUCCAAAGGAGCAAGUGAGCCUUGCCGAUUGGGCACUGCACUGCCAGAAGAAAGGCAUUCUUGGCCAGAUCAUCGACCCACAUCUCCAAGGGAAAAUUUCUCCCCAAUGCUUCAUGAAAUUCGCGGAGACCGCAGAGAAAUGUGUGGCUGAUCACAGCAUUGACAGGCCAUCUAUGGCCGAUGUCCUCUGGAACCUUGAAUUUGCACUCCAGCUGCAGGAGAGCGCAGAGGACAAUAGCAGCCUCACCGACGGGACAUCAUCAAACAGAUCACCACUUAUCAUGCCCGGGCUUCACUCGGACGAGCCACCUACAGACACAACCACUACCACAUCAACCACAAUGAGCAUGACAGGGCGAAGCCUUGCAAGUAUGGAGUCGGAUGGGCUGACCCCAAGCAGUGUCUUCUCACAGCUCAUGAAUCCAGGUGGCAGGUGAAAGCCAACUCUGCAAGCUUCGUGGUAUAACUAACUAGUAUAGUUAUCAAUCAUAUAGACAUGGUCACCUCAUAUUAUAUAUAUGUCCUGUGCAAGAACCAAUAUAUAUAUUUUUAUCUAGCCGAGGUCACUGUAAUUGUAUAAUAUUGCCAAGGUACUGUCUUUCCAUUGUCUUAGAAAAUCUAUUGAAGAUAUGAUUCUCAAUUCAGGAUCGAUUUGUAAUAAUAUAUACAUGUGCAAACAAGGUGUCACUAUUUAGUUUCCUUGGCAGUGAUCUCCUUAAUAACAUACUAGUAAAUGAAUUGGGAAACA